AGUCUCCAAAACUUGUCGCUACCCGCCACGAUCCGCAAAAAUGGUUGAUAGGGCUCAUCGUACCGGGCUGUGCGGACGCCAAAGUCGACGUCGACGGAGAUGAAAAUGGGAAUGGUAAUGCCUGCAACGGCAACAGUGAGGAUGAGAUCGCCGGCGGGGCUGAGAAUGCGGUUGAAAUGGACAAUGAGGAAGACAUACCCGUUUCUCCAGCACCACCCAUCAACUCGAGCGUAUCGAACUCGUUGCAUCCGAAAGCGACAUUACGAGUCUACGCAAGGCGCCACGGACAACGAAGGAUUUCGCGUCGUCUAAGGGAAGUUGCCUGCCAGCCAUACUCUGGCCGAGCACAAAUUCCUGUUUCCAGGGAUCCCAGAUACGACCAACUUGACCUUGAGACAAAUGAGCUAUGGCCGCUCUUGAAAGUCUUCAUUGACGUCCGUGUUCGAGCCGCAAGAGCAUUAUUGAGUACCUCGUUAAGUGGGGAGGCUGGUAAGAAGAAUCAGUGGGUCUUCGCCGACUUCUCGGGUCUGUCCCUACCGACAAGCCCAUCGCUUACAACUGGGUUGCGCCAGGACCGUCGCCUACACCUUUAUCUGCGAAGCCCUUGACUCGCACUUGUCAAUCGACGGUAUCGCUUUACCAUCCGGCAGCCAGAGUUCGAGAAAUGCCCGAACGGAGCCUGUCGAGACGGCUGCAGCGUUAUAGACCGCCGACUGCAAAGCGGACGCAACACCUUCCUGGCCCGACCGAGCAACGAAAGCCACACUGUGUCAUUGAAGAUAUCAUUCCUCCCACCAAAGAUCAUCCCUUCCGCGA